CUCCUUCCCGCUCCCCACCCCCAAACCCUCUCACCCGCGGCAGUCCGGUGCGAGGCCCCUCCGGAAGGCGAGGGGAAUGGAUCGGACUCUGGUGGGGAAGGCGGGUGUCUAGAAGGGGUGCUAAUGGGAAGAGCUUUCUGGUUUCAAACGAGGAUGCUCUGCCGCCGAGAGCCGCUCGCUCGCUGGCCUGGGCUCUAGCCGAGGAGAGAUCCCGGGAGAACUCCAGAGCUCCGGGGAGCGCUCCUCGGAGCCCCGGCUCAACAUGCCUGUUCGCAGGGGGCAUGUGGCACCACAAAACACGUUUUUGGGGACCAUCAUACGGAAAUUUGAAGGGCAAAAUAAAAAAUUUAUCAUUGCAAAUGCCAGAGUGCAGAACUGUGCCAUCAUCUACUGCAAUGAUGGGUUCUGCGAGAUGACUGGCUUCUCCAGGCCAGAUGUCAUGCAGAAGCCGUGCACCUGCGACUUUCUCCAUGGGCCCGAGACCAAGAGGCAUGAUAUUGCCCAAAUUGCCCAGGCCUUGCUGGGGUCAGAAGAGAGGAAAGUGGAGGUCACCUACUAUCACAAAAAUGGGUCUACUUUCAUUUGUAACACUCACAUAAUUCCAGUGAAGAACCAAGAGGGUGUGGCUAUGAUGUUCAUCAUUAAUUUCGAAUACGUGACAGAUGAGGAAAAUGCCGCCUCCCCAGAGAGGGUAAACCCCAUAUUACCAGUCAAAACUGUAAACCGGAAACUUUUUGGGUUCAAGUUUCCUGGUCUGAGAGUUCUCACCUACAGAAAGCAGUCCUUGCCCCAAGAAGACCCUGAUGUGGUAGUAAUCGAUUCAUCUAAACACAGCGAUGAUUCAGUUGCCAUGAAGCACUUUAAGUCUCCGACAAAAGAAAGCUGCAGCCCCUCUGAAGCAGAUGAUACAAAAGCCUUGAUACAGCCUAGCAAAUGUUCCCCAUUGGUGAAUAUAUCUGGACCUCUUGACCAUUCUUCUCCCAAGAGGCAAUGGGACAGACUCUAUCCUGACAUGCUGCAGUCAAGUUCCCGGCUGACUCAUUCCAGAUCUAAAGAAAGCAUUUGUAGUAUACGGAGGGCAUCUUCCGUACACGACAUAGAAGGGUUCAGUGUCCACCCUAAGAACAUUUUUAGAGACAGGCAUGCCAGUGAAGACAAUGGUCGCAAUGUCAAAGUUUCACGUUCCUGGAUGGCAGGGGGGCCUUUUAAUCAUAUCAAGUCAAGCCUCCUGGGUUCCACAUCGGAUUCAAACCUCAACAAAUACAGCACCAUUAACAAGAUUCCACAGCUCACUCUGAAUUUUUCAGAUGUCAAAACUGAAAAAAAGAAUACGUCACCUCCUUCUUCAGAUAAAACCAUUAUUGCACCCAAGGUUAAAGAUCGGACACACAAUGUGACAGAGAAAGUUACCCAGGUUCUCUCAUUGGGAGCAGAUGUCCUGCCAGAAUAUAAACUGCAAACACCACGCAUCAACAAGUUUACAAUAUUGCACUACAGCCCCUUCAAGGCAGUCUGGGAUUGGCUUAUUCUGCUGUUGGUCAUUUACACGGCUAUAUUCACUCCCUAUUCUGCAGCAUUUCUCCUCAAUGACAGAGAAGAGCAGAAAAGACGAGAAUGUGGCUAUUCUUGUAGCCCUUUGAAUGUGGUAGACUUGAUUGUAGAUAUCAUGUUUAUCAUAGAUAUUCUAAUAAACUUCAGAACAACAUAUGUAAAUCAGAAUGAAGAAGUGGUAAGUGAUCCCGCCAAAAUAGCAAUACACUACUUCAAAGGCUGGUUCCUGAUUGACAUGGUUGCAGCAAUUCCUUUUGACUUGCUGAUUUUUGGAUCAGGUUCUGAUGAGACAACAACCUUAAUUGGUCUCUUGAAGACUGCUCGACUCCUCCGUCUAGUGCGAGUAGCCAGGAAGCUGGACCGAUAUUCAGAAUAUGGCGCUGCUGUUCUAAUGCUGUUAAUGUGCAUAUUUGCCCUGAUUGCUCACUGGCUGGCUUGCAUUUGGUAUGCAAUUGGGAAUGUAGAAAGGCCAUAUCUGACUGACAAAAUUGGAUGGUUGGAUUCCUUAGGACAACAAAUUGGGAAACGAUACAAUGACAGUGACUCAAGUUCUGGACCAUCCAUUAAAGACAAAUACGUCACAGCACUUUAUUUUACCUUCAGCAGUUUAACCAGUGUAGGAUUCGGGAAUGUGUCUCCAAACACCAAUUCGGAGAAAAUCUUUUCAAUCUGUGUCAUGUUGAUUGGCUCACUAAUGUACGCAAGCAUUUUUGGGAAUGUAUCUGCAAUUAUCCAAAGACUAUAUUCGGGAACUGCCAGGUACCACAUGCAGAUGCUGAGAGUUAAAGAGUUCAUUCGCUUUCACCAAAUCCCCAACCCUCUGAGGCAACGGCUUGAGGAGUAUUUCCAGCAUGCAUGGACGUACACCAAUGGCAUUGACAUGAACAUGGUCCUAAAGGGUUUCCCAGAAUGCUUACAAGCUGACAUUUGUCUGCAUCUCAACCAGACUUUGCUGCAAAACUGCAAAGCCUUUCGGGGGGCAAGUAAAGGUUGCCUUAGAGCGUUGGCAAUGAAAUUCAAGACCACCCAUGCACCUCCAGGAGACACACUUGUUCACUGUGGGGACGUACUCACUGCACUUUAUUUCCUGUCCAGAGGUUCCAUCGAAAUCCUCAAAGAUGACAUUGUGGUAGCUAUUCUGGGAAAAAAUGAUAUAUUUGGAGAAAUGGUCCAUCUUUAUGCCAAACCUGGAAAGUCUAAUGCAGAUGUAAGAGCUCUCACAUACUGUGACUUACAUAAGAUUCAACGAGAAGACUUGUUAGAGGUUUUGGAUAUGUAUCCUGAGUUUUCUGAUCACUUUCUAACAAAUCUAGAGUUGACUUUCAAUCUAAGACAUGAAAGUGCAAAGGCUGAUCUUUUACUACGAUCACAAUCCAUGAAUGAUUCUGAUGGAGACAACUGUAAACUACGAAGAAGGAAAUUAUCAUUUGAAAGUGAAGGAGACAGAGAUUUUGGCAAAGAAAACAGUACAAAUGAUCCUGAAGACUCUGAGGAUACCAUAAGACAUUAUCAGAGUUCGAAGAAACACUUUGAAGAGAAGAAAAGCCGGUCGUCAUCUUUCAUCUCCUCCAUUGAUGAUGAACAAAAACCACUCUUCUCAGGAAUCUUAGAUUCCUCUCCGGGGAUGGGGAAAGCAACUGGGCUCACUUUUGAGGAAACAGUGCCCACUUCAGGAAGAAUUCACAUAGAAAGAAAAAGUCACUCUUGCAAAGAUAUCACUGAUACGCGAAGCUGGGAACAAGAAAAUGCCCAGACUCAGCCAGAAGAGUCCAGUCCCUCAGCACUUCAACGAGCUGCCUGGGGCAUCUCUGAAACCGAAAGUGACCUCACCUAUGGGGAAGUGGAGCAAAGAUUAGAUUUGCUUCAAGAACAGCUUAACAGACUUGAAUCCCAAAUGACAGCUGACAUCCAGACCAUCUUACAGUUACUGCAGAAACAAACCACGGUGGUCCCCCCAGCCUACAGUAUGGUAACUGCAGGAGCAGAGUAUCAGAGACCCAUCCUUCGCCUGAUGCGAACCAGUCAUCCUGGAGCAUCUAUCAAGACUGACCGAAGUUUCAGCCCGUCCUCACAAUGUCCUGAAUUUCUAGACCUUGAAAAAUCUAAACUUAAAUCCAAAGAAUCCCUCUCAAGAGGCAUGCAUCUGAACACAGCUUCAGAAGACAACUUGACUUCACGUUUAAAACAAGAUGGUGACCUCUCUCUAGAGCUGCACCUGCGGCAAAGAAAAACUUUCCUUCAUCCUGUUAGGCAUCCAUCUUUACCAGAUUCAUCCCUAAGCACUGUAGGAAUCUUGGGUCUUCAUAGGCAUGUUUCUGAUCCGGGUCUUCCGGGGAAAUAAUCAUUUUGUACUAUUAACUCCACAUACAAUGUAAGUGCUUUUAAUGGCUGUUUUCCUUUUUGUAUUUAAAUCCUCUCUACUUGACUCAGGGGCUCACAAGGUACCAUUAUAUGCAAAAGUACUGUAUAUUUUCCUAAAUUGAAGCUUGUAUGGUAACACUGAGCAGUUAGUAUGUAAAUAUAUAUAAGAACUUUUGGUUCCAAAUGUUAAAACUGCCAGAACCUCAAGGCACCUUAUUUUUUAUUUUUAUUUUUUAAAUCAUGUGCAUGUUAGGAAACUCCAAUUUCUCUUGCAUGGAGACUCCUAUUUAUUGCUUUUACUAAACCAGUACUUUGUUAUGAAAAUGCCUUCCAAGCAAAUGAGAAACCAAGGGAUAAAACUGUUCCUGGAGGCUACUCAAUGAUCUUCCACUCAUGGAAGCUUCAGGGGGGAUAAAAGGAAUGUAGUCACUUCUGAAAAUAGAUAUCCUCCUCUAUUGAGAUGUUUAUGGUUAUUUACAUUCAUUCAUCCACAUUACAAUUAAAAAGUACAAUGUUUGAGAGUUGUAAAUCUUGCUCAGUAAAGGAGGCCAUCUGCAAAAAAACUGAAGGGGAGAAAACACAAAUUUUACUCAACCAUCAUAAAUUCGUAGACCUCUGCAGCAAAAGACAGAUUAAUAAGAGAAUAACUAGCAAUUUUAUUAACUCAUGUAGUACACGUCAUGUGGGAGAAAUCUCAGUUCAAAAGUAACUCAAGGCAGGGUCUUAGUAUCCUGACUUAUAAGAUCUUCAAUAAAAUACAAUGCAUUUUAGACAAGUGACAGAAUAAAAUUGAAAGCAGUCAUAGGCUUCCUAGGGUGAGAAAUCUGUUGCAAGGAGUAAAGUUUUCUUCCAAUGUCUCUCAGAGUGUACAUUCUGAGAACUGAUACGCAAGAAUUGUAAAAGAGAAUUUAUGUACUGUCCUAAGAGAGAAACUGGAGGAAGGAGGCUAGAAAGACCUUUUGUCUUUGUGAAUCUCUAGAUGACUUUCAAACAACCAGAGAGAGAAGGUAGGGAGUUCUCUUCUGUCUCGAUUAUUCUUAGCUCAACAAUCUUUCAUAGUUGGGAGCUUCAGCAAGUUUAAAAGAUAAUGUGAAUUUUCCAUGGAUGUUUUGAAGACCUCUCAUUAUUUAGGGAGAAAUACUUUUUCUAAGCAUGAAUGCAAACCAACAUUAAUGAGAAUGAAAGUCAUUCUAUUUAAAAAUCAUACCAAUAAUUGUAUCACAGUCUACAAUAUUUUCACUCACACACUCUCUUCAAGGCUUAAAAACAAAGCAAGUUUCUCUAAUUGUACUUUUUUUUUUUUUGGAAGGGAAGUCUCCUUAAGAACUGCUAAAGUGUGGCUGGUACAAAUUGAUACCAACAGCUUUCUUCUGGUUCAUAGUUUAGAGCAAUCCUGAACUUGAUCAAAAUGGUGGACACACACUUUUCAAAGAAUGUGCCACUUCAGGUGAUUUGAAUGGCAAAACUAAUUUCCACUAAGUAAAUACUGUUCAGUUGGUUUUGAAUGCCAGUUGUGGAAAAAUAAUUCAUUUACAUUGCCUAGAAAGGAAAUGCACACACCACAGUGAAAUUUCAGUUUUGUUUGGUAGUUCAAACACUUUUGCUAAUCAAAGGUUAAGUACAAAUCUAUAAAAUAUGAAUUGGAUGUAUAUUGAACCAAAAAUAUCAGAACAUACAAUGGAAUUUAUUUUAAUAUCUUCAAUUAUUAGAUGGAGGAUAUAGGUAUCUCAUAAAUUCAAAGUAAAGGAAAAAUUACAAGUUAAGAUUCUGAUCAGUCAAGUUUCUAGUCAAAAAUUUGUACUUUCAGUUUAAGUACAAUUUAAAAAUUAUUAUGGUUUGAACUAUAAUAAUUCUUUACUUUUUGAUGAAAAAUUUUGAAUUGUUCAAAGUUUCUGCAUCAUUAACUACUCUCACAUUGACAUAUAGUUUUAAAGAAACAUUAUAUCUGUGCUCAUCAUUAAUUUCUGUCCCUUUAGGAAAACAUAAUCUGUCAACUUGACUUUUCCUUCCCUUUCACACUAAUCUGUUAAUUUGCUUCAAAUGCAAACAUAAGUUUGCAAAAAUUUUUGCACUACUGAAAAUGUGAUUUAAAUGACCAUAAAUUGCUCCCUAUAUAUUUAUAAAUGGUCACACAAAUUGAUAAUUCAUGUGGCAGCCAAUCUGUAGGCAUGAAUAUGAUCCUAUCUCUGCUUAAUUUUGAAAACCAUAAGUGAUCAAGUAUGACAAAAUGGCUGGCCAGUCCAAUGAAGUUUAAUAGUCAUGACCAGUUUCUCAAACCAUUUGGUGUUUUGUAGGCACAACUUUAAUGACUGAUGUUUUUAUUCUUUUAUUCAACACAUAUAUAAUGGGUGCCUACCAGGGGAGAGUUACAUAAGUGGCUAAUUCAGAAGAUGAUUAAAGGAUUUUUUUUUCUGUAUUGGGGCACCUUUUUGUAGCUACAACAAAUUUCAAAAUUAUUGUCUGUCUAAGCUCCUCAUUCAGAGAAAAUCCACCAAAGACUAUAUUUGUAGGCAGAGAUAUUUGGCAGGUGAGGAAUUGAGAUCUCAUUGAUUUGUGACUGCUUCAGUUCUAACAAUUUUUGUGACACACAUAAAGUUAUAGCCUUCCACACUAAGCUUAUAGUUACACUUCUAUAAAAAAAGCUGAGCAUGAAGCAAUGAGAAGGUAAGGGAUGGUAUAUAGGCAUCCAGUUUUUAAAAUCGAAGGUUUAACACAAAUUUAGUUUCUUCUUAAUGCCUUGACAUAAUUGCUUGAUAUUAAAAAUUCUAAGUCUCAGAACCUUGGAGAGGAUUAAAAAAGUCAUUUCCUACAGGGUUUUGGCUUAAAGAGACCCUGAACAAUAUAAAUAGGUGGUUAGCAAGGCAUAAAUGUCAGAAGACUCAACAGUUAAACUCACUUAAGAGAUGAAAGAAACAAUCUUGAUGCACAAAAUUAAUCUUUUUGCCCCAUCCAAAGAAAGAUUUAAUGCCUCAAAGGACCAUCAACCUCCCUAUUGGCUGUAGCAUACAGUUUGACACCUCAAUUUUGGGAUCCUACUGAAGACCAUGUCUAACUGCAACAGCCAAUUGUAAUAACAGUAUAGACAAUGCUUUCCUUCUAGAUAAAUAGCAUCACUAAACAUUAACACCUUUUGCUUUCUGCAUGAAACUAGUGUUAUCCCCAGGCUAAAUAAAAUACUAUCUAAAAUUGAUUAUCUUUUAGAUUAGAUGAUUUCCUGCUGUUAUUAGUUGCUGAGCAGAAAGCUAGAACUUAAAUCUAUCAUUUUAUUCCAUAGGGUAGCAUCAUACUUUAAUUAGUUGAUGAGGAAACCAGGAAUGAAAAACACUGAAGCAGUGUCCUUGCAGGAUUUUUAAAUUAAAUAACUAAUUCAGCAAACAUGGGAAGGCAGCAGGCAGGUUUGAAGCAAUCCAAUUUUUUAAGUCUAUUGUAAAGGGUUGGUCAUAAGAGCUGAAUGUCCUUAUUGUUCUAGUUAGGAAACAUGAAAAGUAAGCCAAAAUACAGUGGCAUUUGGUCAGCUUUAAUAUGUAUGAUUAAGAGUUGCAUACAAGGUACUUUUGUAGGCUGACCUUUAGCAAUGGUUCCAAAAUGCCUAGAAGAAAAAAAAUAUCCAAAUGUGAUUCUAAAAAUCCCAUCAUAUAUAAUACAAAGGAUAAAAUGUAUCACCCCAUUAGGAUAUCUAAAAUAAUUAAAAACAGUAUCAACCCCAUAAGUAUUUUCCACGAUUAAAUUAAUGAAAUUCAGUAGAUGGAUUCACUGUUAGAAAUGACUUAUAAUAUUGAGUAAUUUAUAAAUUAAUAGUCUAAAUAUUACUUGUUCAUGGUGAAAAUCAAAAUAUAGGAUCAAUGUAUAUAAGUAAAUUUCUUACUACAAAUCAAAAUCUUCAUAAAUUAUCAAAAAUUCAAAUGUUACUAAGUUUCUAAUCAAAUUUUGAAGUAAAAUAAAUAUCUCUACCAUGUGAGUUGAAAGAGGCACUUGGAAGACAAGAUAAUGAAGAACAGUGAUCCUCAAAGUGUAGUUUUCACACUAAGAGUGUUAGUAAUGCCUGGGAACUUAGAAAUGCUUAUUAUUGGGUUCUACCUCACAUCUACUACUUCAGAAACUUUGGGGAUGGAACCCAGUGAUCAUCUUUUAACAAGCCCUGCUCCAGGUGAUCUUUAUACUUGUUAAAAGCCUGAGAAUCAUCAGUUUGAAAAAACAAGCAUAGACUCUGUAGUCAGACUAACUUCAUCCCAACAUGAAUUCUUUCACUAAUAACCAUGUGGUGAAUUAACCUCCCUGAGUCAUUUCCUGGAGUCUGUAAAACUCAGAUAAUGGUUCCUGCCACAUAGAUGCUUGAGGAAGAAAUAAAUUAUAGUAAAGUGCCUCGCACAUAAUAGGUGCUCAAAAAAUGCUAAUUGUUUCCCAUUCAGGAGAUGACAUUAAAAACAAUCAGGAAACUAAUUUUCCACAAUUUAGUUUUUGUACAGUGUGCUAUGUCUCCAACUAAAUAAUUGUUACCAGAAUUGAAAUUUUUGAUUCCAAAAGACCUAAUUGUAACUAUUGUUUUAGCUCUACUAAUUGUAUUAUGCACUUCCAGGUACACAGCCUUAAAGAGAUAUUUACUAUUUACAAUAAUAAUAAUAGUGAGGAUAUGACUCUCAUCCUUACAAACUUCUACUCUGAAUCAAUGUUAAUGCCACAUAUGCAAAGAUGAUCUGACAAAUUCAGUACUAUUAGCAUGUAUUCUAUAAAGGCUGGUUCACUGAGGAAGUUCCUCCUUAUAUCCAUGACAUCAUGAGCCCCAGAUGGAUAGUUGAAAAACAUUUUAAAAGUACAAUUUCAAAGAUAAGUACACUAUUUUUACAACAAAUUGAACUUUAAGGUUGUAAUGGUUCUUGUCAGGCACCAAGCCCCACUCUCUCAUUGCACAGAUAAAUCACACAGGUCCUAGAUGGCCUAAGCUCCGUGUGGAAUGUUGGAAAUGGCAAGGGCCUCCAUGGGGAAAACCUGCAUUCAAAUACUAUCUUCCCCACUUACUCUUGCACAAACCUUCUGUGAGCCCUGGAACCCAAAACUGCAAAAAUGGAGGAAACAUCUCAUUUACCGUGAAGAGGUGUGUUGAGGAAUCCCUGAUAUAUUUAUGGAAGUGUUUUUGUAAACCAUAGUAUAAAUUGUGAGAUCAUCAUGUGACUUUAGCAUCAGUAUGACAGUGGACAUAUGGUGGUAAUAUAGUAGCACCACUAAACAUCUUAUAAAAAAUUCCCAUUGCACUUUCCUCUAAACCAAACUCACCACGUUUACACUUCAACAAGUCUUUAAAGUGAUUUUCACACAGUUCCCAAAGAGCUAGUUGCUCAGACCUGUAGGCCAUCAGUGUUGGGCGUGCUUUCUCUGCUACAUCAUUUCUUUAUCUGUCAAAUACUACCUUUAUCCAGAAAAUUAUAUAUUUGUAUUGCAAUUGUUUUCUAGGUAUGCAGUAGUUUCCCUCUCCUCUCACUUCUCAAGUGCUCUCAUUUAAAGAUACGUUUUUGUGGUUCUACCUAUCUUAUAAUGAAGUGAUAUUAAUGUUUUGAAAACUACAAGUGCUUUAAAUGCUUUAUAAAGUAUUAGAUACUGUGAUCUAUCAGUGCCCAAGUUUAAAAUAAUUCAUCUCAUAUCCUUGUGUCACAUGUACACCUUACUUUAAUGUCCAAUACAGAAAAUUCACAGAAAGGCAUCAAUUAUUAAUAAUUAACUGCAAGAAAUUAUCAUUGGCUUAUAUGUAGACACUUUUUAAAUGGAGGUUUUGAGAGAUGACUAACAAGAAGUUAUUUGAAAUUAACAUAUUAUUAUUACAAAUAGAAGAAUAAAACAUCUAUAGAAAUAUGUUAAGAACAAAGAACCACUUAAUCAACUGACCAAUUUUAUUGUUCUGCCAAUCAUAAUCCAACUUUAAAUGAUAAUAUCAAAUUUAUUACAAAAGCACUCCCAAUAUUAUUAUGAGAAGGCGAUAUUAACAUGCCUGUUCUUAAAAAGUUAAUGUCAAAAAUUUGAUGAGCUCCUAAAUUAUAGUAUGACAUCUAUGACUUCCAUAAGUUAAUUUACAUUUAAAAAACAUGAAGCGAUUUGGUACAUCUGUGGUUUUCAAGCACUCUGGGUUUAAUCUAUAAUACCCUUUGUACUUCCUCUGUGUGCAUUUUAGUUCUUUUUAUUUUUUCAUUUUUAACUGGCACAUAAAAGUUGAACUUAUUUAUGAGGCACCAAACGAUGUUUCUACACAUGUAUAAGAUGCAUAAUGUCAAUCAGGGUAAACAUAUCUGUCUCCUCAAACAGUUAUUAGUGUUGUUUUUAAAUGUGAAAGAAUGACAACAUUAUCAUCUAAACAAUAUUUUUUUUUGCAUUACUCACAUACAAAUGUUUGAGUACACAGCAAAAUUUCACACUAUUUUUACCCUUAUUUAGGAAUAAAAUUCAAAGAUCAGCAAUCUAAUAACCUCUUCCACAUACAUCCUGAAUGCCCCUAAAAUUACAAUAGAACAGACAUGAUGUAGCAUCCUUCUUCCAAAUGUUAAAGAAAUAAAAGACUGAGAAGUUCAUAGUUAUCUCCUAGGAAUCUGCUGAUCUCAAUUAAAGGUACAUUACCUAUUUUUAGCAGAAAUUUGCAUUUUAUUUUAAUGGAAAAAUGCAUUGUAUUAGAAUGUCUAUCAGUUAAAGAAUAAUAUAUUCCAAAAAAGAAUGUGUGUAAUCACUUGAAAAUUUCAGUUACUUGGUAUAAAAAAGCUCACCCGCAUCUUGUUGAGUAGUAUCUUGGAAUGCUUUAAACUAAGUGAAACAAUCUACCAAAACAUACUACUUCCUAGUCUUUAUGCACAUAAUGUAGCAUGAAAUCAUGAUGCUUUUGAAAUAUUCUGUGCAGAAAUAUUUAUUUUUAGCAAAUAUUUUCUUCAAAGAUUGGUAUGUUGCAUUGACAGUGUAAUCUACAUGCACAACUAGUUUUGCAAUAACCUACAAAUAACUGUAAAUAACAAAAAUGUAAAUUUCAUGUAAAAAUGGUUGCAAAUUUUUGGUAGCUAAAUGAAGUGUACAAGUUGUAUUGAAAAUAUAGUAUAUAUACAUAAUUUAAGAGUGAAGCAUAUAAUUUCUGAUCUAUUUAUACAUGAAAAACUCAACAAUUUGUAAAAGAAAUUAUUUUGGGGAAAAAGAAAGUAAAUCUCAUUAGUUAGAUAGGCUACUUUUACUAGAGAAGCCAACUAUUUCCAACAUUUUACUAGGUCUAGUACUAGAUAAAGGCAUGGUGGUGCUGAUGUAUUUCAUGAAAUCACAUAACUGUAACAGUGCUACUCUUUUUUGAGUUCCAUAAGAACACUAGUAAGAUGGACUGAGUGGUAAAAAGCAUUAAAUCUAAAAUUAAAGGAACAAAAAUAUUUCACUUAUCAUUGCCUAUCAAGACCACAAUAGUAAUUAGCUGAAACAUUUAUUCAUUACCUAAAAUGUCUAAAAAUGAACAGGCUUUGACUUAUAUUUCAAGGAAUUUUUAUGUAAACUUGAUUCAGUUUUCCUAAAAAGAAAUGAAAAUAUCCAGAUAAUGUUA